CCGAGUGAACGGCAUGUGAUUUUAAUUGUCAUCUCGAUGGACGUGUUCAAACAGAUGUCAUUUAAAGAGCUAAUGAAAGUGUUGGGCCUGGGAACUGUGGCAUUUGUUCUGGGUGUGGAGUGGUUAAACUGGCUGACGCGCCGUCUGAGAGACUCUCGAGGGCCCUUAAAGGAAGUGCUUUUCUUCCCUUCCCCUCAAGUCUGCGUCGAGCACCUGUUCACAACUCACCGAAGCUUCCCCUGCGCUUGUCCCUUUCCUCACGGCAUUCAGACGUCCUUCUCCAGGCUCCUCGAGCAUCUCCUCUCUGCACGUACGUCCCUGGAAAUGUGUAUUUUCUCUUUCUCCAAUAUGGAGAUGAGCAGGGCGAUUCUCCUGCUGCACAAACGGGGAGUUGUUGUACGUGUGGUUACAGACAGAGACUACAUGACCAUCACUGGAUCCCAGAUCGGUGCUCUUCGAAAGGCAGGCAUCAGUGUGAGGCAUGAGAUGAGCUCGGCUGUUCAUAUGCAUCAUAAGUUUGCAUUAGUGGAUGGCAGAAAGCUGAUCAGCGGCUCCCUCAACUGGACACUCACCGCAGUCCAGAGCAACAAGGAGAAUGUGAUCAUUACGGAGGAGCCGGAGCUCGUGCGGCCCUUUCAGCAGGAGUUUCUCAAGCUGUGGGAGGCCAGCGAUCCAGUCAAUCACAAGCUCCAAAGCAAAAACGGUCAGAUAAAGAAGUAGUGUACAUGGGGCUUUACGUUUAUGUCCUAAAGGUUUCAUCAGGGAGGAGUUUGUUUCAUAUGUUGAAUAGCUUUUAGAAGUUAGAAUAAUUUUAAUUUCAUGACAAUCUGAACACCUUUUUGACUUUAGGACUUGAGAAAAGUGAAAUAUUUGUUCAGUUCUAUAAAAUUCUAGUUUUUUUUUUUAAAGAUGUGCUGUAAUCUAAGUAAGCACUAGUUACAAUAUACCCAUCUGCUGUGCUAAUUCAUGUCUUUGCUUACCUAGUGUGUAAAGCAAGCUGAAGCCUGUGUGUUUAUAGCCGUGCCUUUAGUUGCUCAAUUCCUAAUGGCUGCUCGCCUUUUGUGUUCCCCUUUUGUAACUUGUGGAUUUUAGAUAAGCUUAUUUCUGUACAUAU